AUCAGAAACCUAAAAUCAAAAGCCAUUACGAAAUGCAGCAGCAGCACACCUUCCAUUUCUCUCCUCCCAACUCUAUUUAUUUAAACCCUAAUUUCUAGCCUUCAAUCCAGUUUUCUAUAUAUUUGCUUAUUCCAUGCCUCUUGUCCCUAUCUUUUUAUUAAAUAUAUAUAGUUCUAACCAAAUAAUUUUCAAAUAUCAUAUCAUUUGGAUCAUAUGAAAGAGAGCAUGGGAAAUCCGCUGCAUUUGAAGUCCUUGAAUCACAUCUCGAUAGCUUGCAGAUCAGUUGAGAAAUCCCUUGAUUUCUACCAGAAUGAUCUAGGGUUCUUCCCAAUCAGGAGGCCUGGCUCGUUAGAUUUCACUGGUGCAUUGUAUAUGCUAUUCAAUUAUGGCAUUGGCAUCCAUCUUCUCCAAUCUGAAGACCCUGAUAAAAUUCCCAAGAUCAGCCAGAUUAAUCCCAAAGAUAACCACAUUUCUUUCCAGUGUGAGAGCAUGGCCUUAGUGGAGAAAAAGUUGAAGGAGAUGCGGAUCGAGUACGUGAAGCGCAGGGUGAAGGAGGGUGGGAUCAACGUUGAUCAGCUUUUCUUCCAUGACCCAGAUGGCACAAUGAUUGAGAUCUGUAACUGUGACAACCUUCCCGUUAUACCCCUAGAAAGCCAACCUAUAUCAGAUCCUGCAGCACGUAUCAGCUGCAGUGCUCAUAAGAACAAGUGCCACACCAGAUCAUCAAACAAGCAGUCCAAAUGAAACAUCAACAGCAUCAGCAGCAGAUGGCAUAUAUGCCUCCCUCCUAUGCACAUCAAGAAAGAUUACCUGCCUUCUGCAUGAAUGGGGAGUUUUUAGGAAGAGAUAUUAGGUUUAAUUUGGUCAACCAACUUGACGAUGUUCCUGAAAUCAGAAUGUGUAUGUAUUUGUUCUGAUUCAAGUUUAAUCAGUAAGCAGAUAAAGUUAUAAAAAUAAAAAUAAAAACUUACCCACAUCACACGAGUACUUUUUUUAUACAAUUUCAAGCUGUCGAUGUGUUCAGGGCUUCUGUCCUUGGACAUUUGGUGUAUUUGUACACUGUAAGUUCAGUGUGCUGUUGCGCGUGGAGCUCUUUUUUUGGAGGACAAAGAAGGUUCAGACGAAUAACGGAAGAAGGCUCGGCCGAAGAAGGCUCUGCCUCUGCCUUAUUUUGCUUCUUCUUCCCCUUUCCCAUAUUGUUCUUCCCGUUUCCCAUAUUGAAUAUUAACUUUUGUAUAUGUGUAUGAGUAUUGAACUAUUGGUCAUGUGAAAUGACUAGAAAAGUAUAAAAACAUUUGUUUGUUUUCUUUGCAGUAUGAGAGCAUGGCCUUGGUGGAGAAAAAUUUGAAGGAGAUCGAUGGGAUCGAGUACGUGAAGCACGGGGUGGAGGAAGGUGGGAUCAACUGUAAUUAGCUUUUCUUCCAUGCCCCAAAUGGUACAGUGAUUGAGAUCUGUAAUUGUGCCACUAGAAAGCUAACCUAUCAGAUCCUGCACACGUGUCAGUAGUAGUGCUCAGAAACAACGGCAGCCACCGCAUCUCAUCAAACUAGUAAUCCAAAUGAAACCUCAACAGCAUCAGCAGCAGAUCGCAUGAGCAGAUAAAAGUUGAAAAUAACUAGUUUUUUUUUUUUUAAACUUUUGUUUUUGUUUUUGUUGUACAUAAGUACUGAUUCAAGUUUCAUCAGUGAGCAGAUAAAAGUUAAAAAAUAAAAACUUACCUACAA